GAGAGAGAGAGAUACCUAGUGGAGAUGUAAGUCGCUGCUGAAGAUUCGCAACAACAAGCAAGUGCUUUAGCGCACCUCCCCCUCCCACUGCACUCGUUCAGAAAAAAAAAAAUGUUUCUCUUUUUCCUGAGAUGCACAGGGAUGUGAAUAUCUGUGGCUGUUGGAAACAGAGCUCUGAGAUCGCUUAAAACACAAAGAAUAGCAGAAACAAGAAUUCGUCGCUUGACAGGAGUCAGACGUUUCAGCGACCACACGGGAUUUCUCCAAACAGCGCUGCACUCAUGGAGUACUCAAAUGAUUCCACCGGCUUUGCUGACCCCAGACACUUCCAUCUGUACAACGAGUCUCUGUUCCAGAACAACUUCAGCUCCUUCAAUGGGACUGACAGCUUCUUCCCAAGGGGCGUCAAGAUCACUAUAGCAGUGGUCUACAUGUUCGUCUGCGUGGUGGGGCUGGUCGGAAACUGCCUGGUAAUGUACGUCAUUAUCAGAUAUACCAAGAUGAAGACAGCUACCAACAUCUAUAUCUUCAACCUGGCACUGGCCGAUGCGCUGGUUCUGGCUACGCUUCCCUUCCAGGGCACAGAUGUGUUCCUUGGUUUCUGGCCUUUUGGCAAUGCCCUGUGCAAGGCAGUCGUCUCCAUCGACUACUAUAACAUGUUCACUAGUGUGUUCACCUUGACCGUGAUGAGCAUGGAUCGAUACGUGGCCGUGUGCCACCCGGUGAAAGCCCUGGACAUGCGGACGCCCCACAAGGCCAAAGUGGUCAAUAUUUGUGUGUGGGUCUUGGCUUCAGCCAUAGGGGUCCCGGCUAUGGUACUUGGAGACGUGGAAGAUGACAACGGCAUCGAGUGCAUUUUAGUUCUGCCGGAUCCUCGCAGUUACUGGGAUCCAGUGUUCGGGACGUGUGUUUUCCUUCUCUCCUUCCUGAUUCCUGUGGCGAUCAUCAGCGUGUGCUACAGCCUCAUGGUGAAGCGCCUCCGCAGCGUUCGCAUCCUCUCGGGAUCCAAGGAGAAAGAUCGCAACCUUCGGCGCAUCACGCGCAUGGUGCUGGUGGUAGUCGCGGCUUUCGUCGUGUGUUGGACGCCCAUCCAGAUCAUGGCCCUGGCGCAGUCACUGGGCUUCAACUUAGGCAGCGUCCAGACGGUGGUGUUCAUGCACUUCUGCAUCGCCCUGGGCUACGUCAACAGCAGCCUUAACCCCGUCCUCUAUGCGUUUCUCGAUGAAAACUUCAAGCGCUGCUUCCGCGAGUUCUGCCACCCCUCCCCGUUUGGCCUUGAUGCGCAGCAGUCGAGCCGCAUGCGCAACAUCGCGCGUGAGGUGGCCUACAACUGCAAGACUGCGGAUGGGAACAGUAACCCCGCAUGACUAGGCAUGGAGCUGCCCCUGGUCAGCCCUGAGCCGCAACCUAAUCCAGGGACAGGAAACUCAAACUCUGAGCUGACUCAGAUAACAACACUCUAGCACCAUAGUCACCUCCGCCAGGUGGGCGGGGGAAAGGGUUGGGCUAGGAGUGAGGGCGGAGUCAUGUUAAACGACACGACCUUUUAGGGACAAAGGGGCUCACUUUACAGUGUCUUAAUUGGAUUUGGAUGUUAUUGUCUACAAUUCUGUUCUUAUUCAAUACACUUUGUCGGUCAGUGUUGCAGCCUUGUACAGAUGCUUUUUAUGUCUCUCUGUACAACAAUCAAUGUUUCUCUUUAAAUUUAAGACUGUAGUAUUUCAUCGCCUUAAACAUACUUCUGAACCUAUGGAUUAAGUGUUUCAGUCCUUUUUGUGGUAUUGCCAAGUGUUGGACUGUACUGUAUACACUAUAGAGUAUAUAUAGUGUAUAAACAAUAUAUAGUAAAUGGACUGCACUAUAUAUUAUAUAACUAUAUACAGUUAUGACACGAAUCUGAAACAACAGAGACUCGUAAAGCCUGAUUGUUAUUUUUAUUUUCUUAAAGUUGAUUUUUUUUUGGUUUGACUGUACAAUAAGCAAAAAUAUUUUGUAUUCAUGUAAGUUUGGUAGCACAGAUUCAAGCUUAAAGGGGACCUAUUAUACAAAAUGUACUUUUAUAAGGUGUUUGAACACACCAGCAUAUAAUGGUUAAAACCGCCCACCUUUUUUUUUUAUAAUCCCAAUAAACUAUGAAUUGUCUCUCCAAACAGAGCGGUUCCAGAAGCCCCGCCAAUGACUAGAGAUGAUCUGCCCUAUUAGCAUAGAUCCCGCCCUCAGGAGCAGCUGGAGAACCCUCACUGUAGCAGCUGGAGAUGUUCAAUGUCUGUGCCUGAAAAACCUUACAAAUGUUCUGUCAUUUGAUGUACCAUUGUCUCCUUAGACGUCCGACAUCUGAGCCACUGAGGACACCAUGGUUGAAUUUCAGUUAUGAAGGAUAUGUGCAGAAGAAAAUCGUUAACGUAUUAUAUAUUUGCCUAAAUCAUUUUACGCUGGACUGCUUCACAAACAAUUGGGUCACUUCAAUGCUGGAUUUGCACAAAAAUUGUUUCUGAACAAUUUUUAGAUUAACAUGAUGGUACAUGCUAGUCGAUGACUUGAAUGAACGUUGUCUCACUAACGUGUAAGCCUAAACACUGCUACUGACAAUUUCUGACAUUUUUGCUGUGUGACAUUGUCCAGUUUUGUUGUGGCCGAAGAAUCGGUAGCAUGUGGGGUAUUUAAACUUCAUAUACACAGGACGAAUUCCAAACCGUUUUUGCACCCUUGAAUGUUACUUCGUCAAAGGGGAGCCAUUUGUUGGAGCAUUCAAAAUGAAAGUGAAAAACUGCAUCCCUUCACAAAGGGCCCUCCCUUCCACAGAUCUGUUAGUGAAGGAAACAUGCAAUGGUCACUUCAAGGAAGUAGUUUAAUAGUUUAUGGUCAUGGUCAGCCCUUCGGAGUAAGUAGGGCAUAGGAAUGCUCACUUCCGGUUGGAAUUUGUGUACAUUCUGGGGACACCAGAGACUUAUAUUACAUCUUGUGAAAAGGGGUAUAAUAGGUCCCCUUUAAAAAAAAAAUACUUGUAAAGAAAUGAAAACUUAUUGCAAAACAAUGACUGUAGUGCUCUAUUAUGUGCAUAAAAUGAAGUUAAUCAUGUUCGAGGCUGUGCAUUGUUGAAGAUGUCCAAUGUUUUCUGCGUCGCUAUAUAUCUUGCUUUGUUAAUACUUACGGAUUCUUCUCGAUGAGACAGACAACAAAGAGCCAGCAUUGUCAUGGGUUUACAUCACAGACCACUGAAUGUGAAAAAAAAGACUGUAAAAAAAGCCAAAUUAAAUAUAUGUAAAUAUAUAUAUA